AUGCAGGGUUCUGAAACCUCAGGCCAUGUUUUGUGGGGCUGUGCUGCAGCAAGAGAUGUGUGGAGUCAAGGCUACAGGAAGGUGCAAAAGAUGGUUGUUCAUAGUGAUUUGAUGUUUGACAUAUGGGUUGAGCUAGUGGCAAGAUUAAAUACUGCAGAAUUGGAAGAGGUAGCAGUCACACUCAGAGGGAUCUGGACCAGAAGAAAUGAGUUCCUGCAGGGAAAAGGAUUUAGGCACCCCUCGAUCCUAGCUCAGCAGGCCAGGACUGAUCUACUGGACUACAAAGCCUCAAACACAAACCCCAAAUCAACUCUCAACCAGGUCAAGACAGUGGUUCACAGAUGGAGCAAACCUUCCCUGGGUCAGUUUAAGGCUAAUUGGGAUGCAGCAGUUAGAAGGGGAGAGGGAAGGGUUGGCAUAGGAGUCAUUAUCAGGGAUCACCAGGGCCUGGUCAUUGGAAAUGGGGCUGAGGCAAGUCUGCCUAGAAGGGGACUCGAAGCAGGUGGUUGA